CGCGAGACCGGGAGUUACGUUAUUAUAGCGAGAGGGCCCGGAGCGCGAACCGACUCUCCACCGUGUGUAUAUCAUGGUGCUCCUCUCGCGCGUCGCUGUCGCUGUCGCCUCCUCGCAUGGCGCUUAAUGAUCGCCGGUGCGGCUCGCGGAGUUGAUAGCUCGGGGUACCUCUCUCGCGGAUAAUUCUUCUUUUAUAUUCCGUCGCGAUCACAUCCGUCCCGUGCAAUGUCGCAGACGUCGAAAAGUCGACGGCAAUCGUGAACGAUCGAGGGUUUGUUAUCUGCGCGCGGCGGUGCAUCCACGCAAGCCAAUUUACGUCGAGCCCUCGCGGAGAUCAUGAAGACGGAAGUCGAGGACACGAGCGGCGAUGGUGCGUGCGACGGCAACGUCGGCGGUCCCAAUCUCGCCUGUCCCGAGGGCAGCAGUGGGCUGGUCGUCGGCCCGGAAACGUCGCCGAGCGUAAUGGAGUGCGGUGGAUGCGGCGAGCGGGUACGCGAGCAGACCGUCCUCUGCGUGGGCGGACGUACGUGGCACUCCAGGUGCCUGAGGUGUUGCGCCUGUUCCAGGCCGUUGCACGAUCAGCACUCGUGCUUCUUGAGAGGCAUGCGGGUCUACUGCAGGCACGACUACGCCCUAACUUUCGGCGCGAAAUGCGCGAAAUGCGGGCGCAGCGUGGGCGCCGGGGAUUGGGUGAGAAGGGCCAGAGAAAGGGUUUAUCAUCUGGCCUGCUUCGCAUGCGACGCUUGCUCGCGUCAGCUGUCGACCGGCGAGCAAUUCGCCCUCUUGGACGCCCGAUUGCUCUGCAAAGCGCACUACCUCGACGUCGUCGAGGGCAACAACACCUCCUCCGAUGAAGGCGGUGACUCCGAGAGUGGCCACAAGGGCGGUAAUAAGGCGAAGCGAGUUAGAACCACUUUUACCGAGGAGCAGCUAUCCGUUCUCCAAGCGAAUUUUCAAUUGGACAGCAAUCCCGACGGGCAAGACCUCGAGAGGAUAGCUCACGUAACCGGUCUCAGCAAGAGGGUAACGCAAGUGUGGUUUCAAAAUUCGAGGGCGAGGCAGAAGAAGCAUCUUCACACGGGCAAGAUGAAGGGGCAGCACGUGCACCAAUCGCCACCAAAUUCUACCGCCUCGCCCAACGAUUUCGGUCGCCACAUCAACUUGCAUCUGACAUACUCGUUUCAACAUCAGCAGCAGCAUCAGCAGCAGCAGCAGCCGCAGCUUAGCCCGGCCACGUGCAAGAGCCCGACGGGCUCGAUUUAUCACAAUCAUGGUAAGAGGUCGUUCGCAACAUCCCGGUCGUACGCAACAUCUCGGGAUGAGCCUCGCGUGAAAGAUCGUCGCCGCGGUCGAAGGCUCCAGAACGGAGAGAUUCGACAAUUAAUUAGAGAUUGGACGGGAUCGGGUACACGUGUAAUCGCGAUUCCAUUAACUCUGUUCUCAGGAUCGGAGCAGUCGAUGGACGAGCUCUCGCAAGACUCGAUGCUGCUGUCUAUGCCGAACGAGGUUUAAUGACGAUUUCGAUUAUAUUGUAAAUACAUGGCGUUGCUUUAAAAAGCGUCGAAAGAUAGAGAGAGAACCACGUCUCGAGGAAGCACCGCUCAAUUUCCCGGGUCAUCGUUUUAUUUAAGCCUCAAGAAAAAGUGGAAAUUCACACUCGUCGCGCUAUUACUCUUCGAUGACGCACUUUCGAGUUACGCUCGCAACAUAUAUCUCGCGCUCUCGGUGUUAUAAACUUACUGGAACCAUUAUUGUUCCGCGUUAUACGCGCGAAAAAGUGUGUGCAUGUAUGCGUGAGUGUUGUGUACACAUGUGUAACUUUGCGUCCCGCAAUUUUGAAUCGAUCUAUCUGCCUAUCACUUUCCCAGUUGUAUGUGAUGAUUUUGUACUCGUUCUCUUCCCUUCGUCUUUCCGUCUUUCUUUUCCCUCAUGCCUGAUGCAACCAGAAGGAAUUCGUUUUAACGGAAUUUUUAAAGCGAAGAUAAGCGUAAAAAGAGACGGAUUCGUAUUCUGGGCACUUGUUAUGAAUCUAUUCGGCAACAAAUCCGUUGGGAAUGAUUCGGUUUCUCGUCACUUGUCGUAUUAUGAACAUUCCGAAAUGAUCGAAAAGUUUCCGACUAUAUAAAAUCUUAAUCUUAAAUAUCAUCAUUUUUGGAUAUUAAAUAAAUGGAUAUUAAAAUAAAUGACGAUCUAAUCUUUGCCAUAUAA